UAUGCAGAUGAGGAGAAUCCCAAGUAGGUGAAGCAGACUCAACAGGACAAUACAAGUUAAUAGGUCUACUUGAAGUGCUUACUUGAAUAUGACAACUUUUGCAUUGAGAACACGUGUAUGUGUGUGAGAAAAUGAGUUUGUGAGUGAGACUGAGAGAGGGGGAGAAAGCAAACUCGCUGCUAACCCAAAACCUUGCAUUAGGUUUGAGGUGAGACUAUCAUGAUGUUCUGAGAUGUUUUCAUUCCUUAUGGAUUCUGACGGCAUGGGUGAUUUCAUGGAAUUUUUCUUGUAUUUUUCUUCUGGAAAACAGAUUUGUUCUCCAGCGUGCAUACUGGGGUUGGGACAAUUGUGGAUGAUGUUCUUUUAACACAAUUCUGGGGGAAAAAAUAUUUUUCAGGUAUUUUAUUUACAUCAAAAGGUGUCUUAGCUGUUGGACAAAGAACCUUAAUUCCAAAGAGGGUAAAAAUGCUAAUUUGGUUACCAUUUCUGAUUUGGAUUCUGCACUUCUUGGAUCUUAUUAAUGGACAAUAUUUCUCAAGACAUCCACGACACAGACGUGGCUUAGUUGUGAGCAGGUUGUGUCAUGCUGGCUGCCUGACAUGCUCAGCGUUAAACGGCUGCCUGUCCUGUAAGCCCCGCCUCUUCUUCCACUUGAAGCAUGAUGGGAUGCGGGAGAGGGGGACCUGUCUGCUAUCCUGCCCCAGAGGUCACUAUGGGACACGCUCCCCACAUGUCAACACAUGCACCAAGUGCAGGGAGGACUGUGUUUCCUGCUUCAACAGGAACUUCUGCACUCACUGUCACCAGGGCCACUACCUGUACAGAGGGAGGUGUGAGAACAGCUGCCCCGAGGGCCUGACCCCAAACGCUGCACUAAGAGAGUGCAAUGAUUGUCUAGUGGACUGUGAGGUGUGUGUGACGAGGAACACCUGCACCAGGUGUAGAGCAGGACUGUACCUCCUGCAUGGCCAGUGCCAUCAUACCUGCCCAGGGGGGUUUGAGCCUGAUAGACAGCUCAUGGAGUGCAUUUCUCAAGUACACUGUCAGGUGGGAGAAUGGGGAGCCUGGGGUCUCUGCUUUCGGAGAGGGAGGGACUACAGGAAUUUUGUGGAGGUACGAAGACGAGAGGUCCUACGGCACCCCACCCUGUACGGCGACCCCUGCCCCAAAGUCAAAGAGUGGAGGAAAUGUGUCAUCAAAAGGAGACCGAGUCCAGGAAGAUCAGAUGGCAAAGGCAUUAGGCCAACAGAACAUUGAUGCAAGAUCAUUGGUGGGAGCAAAAUAAUAGCAAGUGGCAGAUGUGAUCCAAAACAGGAUGGAAGGACAGGAGGACUGGAUUAACUGGUUUGAAAGAGAGACCUCCAUUGCCUGAACAUCAGUCGUUUCUUGUCAGGAACAGUGUGCAACAAUUUAUUCCUCUAUGUUUGUGACCAGCUGUUGACCUGCCUUGGUUGAGAGACCUUGGAGAAGAUAACAUUAUCAUCUGCUCUAGAAUUUUGUGUUCAACAUUUUUCUGUUCAUUACGACAUGUCACCCACACGAUCCAUUCCAGGAAAAGGUCACUAACUUGAUAUGGACUGAAUUGAGCAGUGUUCAAAAAGCAAAGUGUGUUAUUCUAAUUAGUUGUUUUUGUUUCUAUCAUGAUGGUGGCUAGCCCACUUGUUCUACAUGUGUAGCAUUUCUCUGUAUAGCAAGUCAAAUUGAAAACUAUUGAUUCCUUUUCAUGAUUGCAAUCAUUGUUAUAGACCUACAUAAAAUGUUUGUAGGUGAUUUGAUAGUAAAUUACAGUAUAUUGUCUUCACAAACAUGACUGAAUUUUUUAAAAAAUUAACCAAAAAACGUUAGGUGGAAAGCCUACUCCAAAGAUGUCUAUAGCUAGCUAAAUAAAACAAAUUAUAUAC